UAAUUUUUGUUUGAAACUAAUUUUGAAUGUGGAAAAAGAACCUACCUAUUCCACUGAUAACGAAAAGUUGAUAUAAAAAGGUUUUAAACGAGGUUGACAAGAAACCGGUCGGUCGAAUGAACUUUUAACGCCAGCGAUUUUCAAACCGUUCUGUAGUUAUCCUUUGACCGUCAAAUUGGAAAGAUGCGUUGCAGUGUAUUAGUCGUUUUAAUAAUUGCAUCCAUUUUUGGAUGUAAUGCUGACAACUUGAACAGCGUUGUUCAAGGCAAUGAUGAAUUUACAGCGAACACUUACAAGGAACUCGUGAAAACAGUAGGCAAGGAAAACAUUAUUCUUAGUGGACUGUCUGCAGAAAUCGUCUUAUCUUUGCUUGCAAAUGGGGCCAAAGGAGAAACGCAAAAACAGCUGUUGAUAGGUUUGGGCUUACCCAAUAACAUAACAGAUGUAAAUAAGGCAUUCACUGAAAUAACAUCUCGCCUAAAGGUCAACACACCCGAUUUAAAAUUGUUAUCAGCAAACAAAAUUUAUCCAGCGAAAGGUUUUCCAAUUGAAAAAGCAUUCCAAGAUGUUGCUGUGAAUGAUUAUAAUUCAGGCGUACAAAAUCUAGACUAUAACAAACCUGCAGAAGCCGCUGGCACUAUCAAUGGCUGGGUUGAAGACCAAACUAACCACAAAAUCCAAAAUCUCAUUGAUCCCCAAAUGUUGGAUGCUAGCACAGUAUUGGUAUUAGUUAAUGCUUUAUACUACACUGGAAAAUGGGAUCAUCCAUUCGAAAAAUACAACUCUGCUGAUAGAUUGUUCCACAGCUCACCUACUGAAUCCAAGAAAAUCCCCACCAUGUACACUGAAGCAUUCGCCAAAUACGCUUACAAUGACAAACUUAAAGCUAAAUUUUUGGAGCUCGGAUUUCAAGGCGCAAAUGUUACUAUGACCUUUGUAUUACCGGACGAAAUCAAUGGAUUAGCAGCUGCUGAACAGAACUUGAAAGAAUACUUGGCUCCACAACCAUUGGAAUCUGCUAGAGUUGCCAUCACCCUACCCAAAUUCAAAAUCAACACAAAAAUUGACUUUAAACCGAUCUUGAAGAAGUUGGGAAUUACACAAAUGUUCGAAGACAGUGCUGACCUUACCGGAAUUGCCAAGGCUCCACUUAAAGUUGACUUUGUUUUACAAAAGGCUUUCAUUGAUGUCAACGAAGAUGGUGUCGAAGCCGCAGCUGCUACAGCAGCAACUUUCGCCUACCAUUCCCUUAUCGUCUCUAAGAUCAGAUACAAUUUUACUGCAGAUCAUCCGUUCUUCUUUUAUAUAAGAGACAAUAGUGGGAGCAACGACGGUGUCAUAAUAUUUACAGGGCGAUAUAAUGUAUAAUAAAGUUUAUAAAUGUUGUGUAAGUGGAUCCAAUAUGAACCAGCCUUUCCCCUUAUAAUUUAAAUAUAUUUAUGUUUAUUGUUGAAGAUAGAAAAACCUUUUUAAGAAUAUUCUUCUUUUCUACAAUAUUUCUAUUAAACAGAUCUACAUGUCAUAUAUUGGUAUCAAGUAAGUAUAGUGUAAGGCUAUUUUUAAUUUUCAGAAUUUCCAUUUCAUGAAUUUAAACUGUCUGAAUUUGUCAUGUAUUUCGUAAGAAGUUGGUAGAUGUCAUUCUAAUGAUUUAAAUUUUCAUUAUAAUAAUGUAGGUGUGGUUGUAUUUUUAUUCAGGCAUUGUAUAGAAAAUAAUUAAGUAUAAUUUUUUGUUAAUAAUUACUGCCUAUCUUUUCUACAGUACUUUUACCUAUCACUGUAUAAAACAAUCCUGCAUCUAUAAGAAUCCGCACUGAUUAUAGAAGCAAUGCGGCAAUUUUACCUACUAAAAUCUAAGGACCUGAUAAAAACCUGUGACAAUAUCAUAAAAAUAUUCUACAUUCAUUAAUCUUCCUUCUGUAAUAGUUAUUUUAGCAAUAUGUUUACCACAACAUUCUAGCUAAAUAGGUCCUCCCUUCGCAGUCAUAGCAUUCACUAGAAUAUAAUCGUUUUCAACACGAAGCAUAAAUUUAAUCAGCAAUGUACAUAUACAUCAGUUUCCUCCUUAAUAUUCUGUUAGGAACGGCAUCAAUCAAGUCCCGUACCCAAUCAAUACUUUGAGUUAGAUGAUAGUUUUUCUCUAUUCAGAGUAUUUUUAGUGUCCCGAAUAGUUAUUGCAGACACUAUGUAGUGUCCGUGAAAAAUGACUUUUUUCAGUUCCAAUAAGUUUCAAGGAGUACCUACUUUUCGAUCAUUUUCGAUCCAUUGUUCGAUGUAAAUGGCAUCACCGAAUUACAAUUCUUGUAGCAUUUGCCUGGCUACUAUUAUCCAUUUACCUAGCCAAGAACCCCAUUAUCGAACGUGUUCUCUUAACAACGUACUCAACUUGAUAGUCGGUCCUCAUCAACUGAAGCCUUUAAUACAAAUCUUAAUUCUCACUUCCUACUACUUCUCAGUUUUUAAGGAAACAGAUACAACUCAUUCUCAAUAAGCCACAUUGACCGCUCUAUUCACCAUUUCUUACAAACUUUAUUGCCUUCUAGCAAAGAUUAUUAUCACCACACCAUUCUCAUAAUCCAAACGCAGAAUGACCAGCCGCAUCCGCAACGGCACAAGUCCGUAAAGUCCAAAUCAUACUAAAGCUUUUUAUAGAUUUGUUAUGUAGUAUAAAUGCCAAUAAAAUUAUACCUCAUUUAAAUUUAUUACGGAAUGUAUACAUAUAACUACGACGUUUUGACUGCAGCUGACACCUUUCUGAGAAAAGAAUAUUGAAAUUUGUAUUACGCUUGAAAUUUAUUUUUAGUUUAGAUAAUACUGUAUUUUGCAGGGUUAGGCUCAAUAUACGUUGACUCUUAAUUGCCCUUCCACUCGAACCUGAGCUAUUGUGGCUAAUCUCUAGGUUAAAGUUGCCCUUCCAGUCCAGUAUUUUUAACAAAGUCUAUUAGACUCUUUGGCGUCAUUUCUAUGAAAUCGUAGGGCUCGAGUUGAUACUGCUCAAAUAUAUGGAGUCUUAUUCUAUGUAACCCUGAGCAGUUGCACACAACAGUCUUCCUCCAUUUCGUCUUCAGCCUGAUACAAUCUGGCACUUUCCGCUAAUCCGAUAAAGAUAGUUUUUAAAUACUCUAAAAUUUUAAAUUUUUUUCUAAUUAUGGGCUAAAGUUGAUUUAACAGGAUAAUUCUAGUUAGUUAUGCUAUGCAGAUGUUUACAAUGUCGUUUCGUAAACUAUGUAUUUUGCAAUGGAAAUCUAACAAACUCAAUAUAAUUUUUUUUGAUAUUUAACAUAACAUCAAACUAUAACGAUGGUUUACCAAUAGUCCAAAAAAAUCUGGUUCAAAUUCGAUCUAUUAGCGUAUAUAAUAAAAUUUAUUAAAUAAAAUGUAUUUAGACGAUAA